CCGAACUUACGACUUGACACUGCGAGUAGCUAAACUACUAAACAAUUAAUUAAGAGAAAAAAGUGAAGAUGUCGAGAGACGAGCCCUCGAUAUGUGUGCUGCGGAAACUGGUGCUGGAUGGAUUCCUUAUUGCUGGAUUGACUGUAUGCCUGUUCGCGAUGAAGCUGCUAUGGGAACCGUUCAGCCGAGGGUUCUUCUGCGACGAUGAGUCCCUCAAAUACCCCUACCACGAAAACACAGUUACCACGCUUGUGCUGAGAUUAUACGGACUGGGGCUGCCCUUUCUAGUUGUAUUGGUCUGUGAAUGGAUAAUCCUGCGCAAAGAACCCAGUGACACAAAAGUAUUCGGCUUGAGCAUUCCGACCUGGAUUCGUGGGCUGUACUGCACAGUGGUGGCCUUCGGCCUCGGCGCGUUGUUCGUUGAGUUAUCUACUGAGAUCGCCAAGCAGGUCAUCGGGAGACUCAGGCCUCACUUCUUUGAUUUAUGCCGGCCAUCAAUUGACUGCAGUUUACCAGAAUGGCACGGUCGCUACGUCCUACCCUCGGAAUACUACUGCACCAGCAACAGUAGCCAGAUCGAGGACAUGCGCAAGUCAUUCCUCAGCGGACACUCGUCCUUCGCGGCCUACACCAUGGUCUUCGUGGCUCUGUACCUUGAGCGGCGGAUGACCUGGCGAGGAACCCGCGUCCUCCGUCACUCUCUACAGUUCUCCGCUCUCAUGAUCUCUUGGUUCACCGCGCUCUCUCGAGUGUCGGACUACAAACAUCACUGGAGCGACGUCCUAGCUGGCUACAGCUUAGGCGUUGUCUUUGCUAUACUCGUGGUGUACUGUGGCAUAGACCUGGUGCAGAAGAAGAAGAACCACACCAUCGUGCCUCAAAACGACGUGUACAUCAUCGGACCAACUCACGCGUAGUACACCCUGAAAGAACUAGUCUUAGCACCCUCGAACCAUUCCACUAACCCGGGGUUAACCGAUAACCCAGUGUCUAAUAGGGAAUAUUACGCAAAACUCUGCGUAGGGGGCGCCACUACCACUAUCCAUCACAAUUUUUGUUAUCUAACCUCUCUAUCACUCUUGCACAUUAGAGCGAUAAAGAGGCAGAUAAUUAAAUUUCGAUUUUUGCGUUUCCCGGCAGGCCCUUGUUAACAAACCGCCUUGCUGGAUCAAUGUCAUAUUUUAUUGUCUGUGAAAACUUGACAAAAAAAAGUUUAAGACACAGUAUGUAUAAGUUACUCUAUUGGUUUACUAGCUAGCUUAUUGCUGCACUCUGGCGGCAGAAUAUUGCAGUAAUACCCCCUAUUGUACUGAGCACCUAAUGUAAAUUUCAUUCCAUAGUGUGACAAGCGUUCGCGUUUGCGUUAUAUCUAUUUUUGUAUGGGAUUUUGAACAGCGCGCCAAGCGGGACGUUUUGGAAACUAAAAAUCCCAUACAAAAUGACACUUAACGCAAACGCGUACGCACGUCACGCUAUAGAGUGAAAUUUACACUCUGCUAUGGUAACUCCAGGUUUAACCGGUUAACCCCGGGUUAGCGAAUGGCGCAAGUGACCCUUAGAAUAAGUCGCUGAAAUUAAGAUUCUUGCUGCACCCAAGAGGAUAACAUUACAUCGGCAUCGUUUAUAUACUUGAAAUCGAUAACGGCCCGGGCCCGGGCCGAGGCAACGAACACUUCGUUUUCUAUAACAGGGCGUGCCAACAUGCCAAUCGCUUACGCUCCGUAGCGAUCGAAACGCAACUGUCACUGGCACACUAAUAUGGAAGAAUGAUAGAGAGACACAAAGCGAUUCGAUGGCGAAGCGCAAGAGAUUGUCACCUUGGCUAGGCCACCAGAACGUGCCAACGUGCCAAUCAUUAACGCUCCGUAGCGUAUCGUAGUCAUCUCUCUCCAUCAUUCUUCCCCUCUAGUGCGACAGUGACAUUUGCGUUUCGUUCGCUACGGAGCGGUAACGAUUGCACGUUGGUUACGCACCCAGAUGACCGGUGAUCACGUGAUGCUUUGAAUGAAGUGCCGAAAGCCUCGGCCCGGACCCGGGCCGUUCUAACGUGGUUCAUCAUUUUUAUUCAGGCACUUAAUGCGGUAUAGUUUUGCUUUGUUAUUAGUAAAUAAUUAGAAAUAAUCGUGCUAGUUGAGAUUAUUUCAUUAUGAUACCUCAUUAAGUGCCCGAUAAAAUUUCUUACGGAGUUCUUCUAAGUACAAAAAAAAAGAAUUAGCUCUAGAUUUAGAGCUAGAUGUAAUAAUAUAAAAUCACUACACCUUAUAAAACAAAGUCCCCCGCCGUGUCUGUCUGUUGGUGUGUUUGUAUGUUCGCGAUAAACUCAAAAACUAGGGAACGGAUUUUCAUGCGGUUUUCACCUAUUAAUAGAGUGAUUCUUGAGGAAGGUUUAGGUGUAUAAUUUGUUAACCCGUGCGAAGCCGGGGCGGGUCGCUAGUAAUUAUUAAUUUUAAUAAAGUAAUCUGUGAUAUGAAUUUACUUUAUCUAUGAUAAUAUUACAAAAAUGAGGAAUAAAGUAUGUUGUUCA